AUAUAACAUUUCCACCAGAAAAUUUGGUAACACUGGUGCGUGAUUGCUUCAGAGGCACCGCUUGUGAAACACACCAGAGAGGAAGGAAGUGUUGUACGUGACGCCCCUCUCCAGUCUCCACACCUGUACCUCGCCUCAUCAACACUUGCAGAGAUGUCCACCCCAGGCAGCAACACCCCAGACAGCCCCAGUAGGCGGCUGCUGCUCAUCCCAUCACCCAUCGUCACCCGCCGCACCCGCACCAAGUCCACGAGUGACAUAGCCAUCAGCAACCCGGAGGUGAAGGGCAAGGUGAAGUUCUUCUGCCGAGCCAAAGGUCACGGCUUCAUUAUCCCUGACGAUGGCACUGAAGACCUAUUUCUCCACAUCUCCGAUAUCGAGGGGGAGUAUGUGCCACAGGAAGGGGAUGAAGUCACGUACCGUCUCUGCCCCAUCCCCCCCAAAAGGGAAAAGUUUCAAGCCACUCACGUCCGGAUUGUUAAUUUCACCCCCGAGGUUCACCACCGCUGGGACUGCAAGAUUGAUGAGGAGGGUCACUAGGCCUUCAUCACUGCCAGCACUUACACACACUAGUUAAGAUAUGAGGACCAUGUUCGCAAAGGUUUCAGUCUCCCAUCGUGGGUGUUCUUAGGUUGCAGUGUUGAUGUCCAGGUUUUCAAGGGUGUUUUGAUAUGGUUUGGUUGAUUAGCAGGUUCUAGAGGGAGGUGUUUGGGUUGUGAAGGGUGAUUUCAUGGUUCUGGUGAUAUUUUAAGGUGUAGUGGAAAUUACUAGGGUCUUGAAAGGUGUUGUUAUGGUUACAGUGAUAGUUUAUAUUGUUAUGGAAAUUAUUUGGAUUUUUAAGGAUGUUUCCAUGAUUGCAGUGGUAUUUUAGUGAGUGUUCUGCAUCAUGAAUGUAAAAAGCACCCAUGAAAGUGUGAUUAAUCCUCUGUGACCUUUCAAAAGAGUAUUCAGAAAAGUUAUUAAGAGUUUUCAAGGCUGCCUUCACGAUUAUAAGGAUAGUUUAAAGAGAGUUUCAGAUCACCCGUGGAAACCUGACUUGUUAUCUUUGCGGCCUCUGAAAACAACCUUGACGAGAGACCAAAGCGUUUCAAAGUACAGGUCUAUACUUUGGUCUAUGGAAUCCUAAUUGUUUUUUUGCUAGUUUUUAAUCAAUAUCUGUGUGUGUUCAUAACAGUUAUAUACACACAUUACCGUAUAAGUUAAUAAGUUAAAAAAAUCUACCUUGUGUUUAGGAAGCCAUUCAACCUAUAAAGCAUGAAGAAACCAGAAUCAAAAGUAAAACUGGAAGAAAAUGGUACCUUUAAAGAGAACCAUCUGCUCUGCCCUGCUCUGUUUGUCUGUCUGUCCGUCUGUUUGUCUUCCCUCAGCUUGGCAUGUCAGGUUAAGAUGGCCGGUGCUGCUGCUGCUGCUCAUUGCAUUAACAGAAUCAAAAGGUAGAAAGAGAGAAACUAGUGUUGAGUACUUUAAAUAGAAUGGUCUUGGUCUCUUGCUCUGUUUUCCUUCAAGCUUGUCCGUUUGGAAGGCUGUUGCUGUUGCUCAUUACACAAGAAUGAAAAUGUUCGUAUGGGAGAAAAAAAACAAUCUUGCUCUUUUCCUCUCAUUUCCUCUCUUUUUCUCUCAGGCUUGUCAAGUGUUCAUGCUGCCGUGUGGUGCUCAGGAGGCUGUUAACAUCGCCCACAGUAAAAUAUAUGAAAUCAAAACAGAAUUGGAGAAAUAAAGGCAAAUUUUCUCUCUCUCACUAUUUUAUCUUGGCUUAUCAAGUGUUUGCUUGUAUUUCUCACUGUGAAAUUCAUGAAAUCAAAAGCUCAAAUUGAGGAAGAUAAACUGCAUUGGUCUCCACAAUUUCUGUCUUCCUGGCUUGGUGACAUAAAGGUCGUGUUGUGUCAGCUGGUGUUCGGUGUUCAGGCAUGGUGCUAUUAUGUGUUAGUGUUGUGUGGCAGCGUAGCAUAUUUAAGGUUCUCUCACUGCUUGGGGACUGCCAUCUAAUUGGGCCAUUUUGUUUAAUAAUUUUUGUCGCCCUUGACCAGAUUUCCCCUCAUGCAUAAAUCAAUAGAUAAAUAAAGAGCAGUCACUGAAGCUCAAAAAUGCUGUGUGUGCUGCCUCCUUUUGGCAGUCAUUGGCUUGGCUGAUGCUAAUGGUGCAGCUUAGGACUGUUGGCAUAAUAUUUAGUGCUGGUGUUAGUGUGGUGACAGGCUUCCUUGGCUAAGUGGGAAGAGAGAUUGGUGGUGUGAUCCUGACUUGCUGUUUAUAGUUUUCUCUGCAAUAACCCAAUUCUGCAAGUCAACAUUCCUUCUAGAGUACCUAAUUGUCAUGGUAAGAGAGUGAUGGCUUUGUCCUUUCCUCAUUUUUCAUGCUUUUCUCUCCCAACAAGCUAGUUUUCAAGUCGGUAUUCCUUUAUAACCUAACUCAUAAGGUAAACAGUGAUGACAAUAUCCUGGUCUCUCUCCUUUUUUUUAGUCUUCAUCCGUCAAGCAUGUCUUUUUUUCCUUUUCUCCUUUUCUUGUUGUCACAUUCCUGGCAGCCAAAUUUGUAAGAUUAAAGGAUUGUUGACAUUAUCUUUACCCUUUUUUUUUUUUUUUUUUUUUUUUUUCAGAUUUUCCUUUAGCAAGCCAGUUUUCAGUCAGUAAUUCAAAGUCACAUUCUUGAUAGCCUGGUUAAUGGGCUUCCCAUUGUCAAUAUACUGACCCAUUUAUCUUAUUUUAAUUUGUAAUUAGUUGUUUUUCUGGCAGUAAUUCUGACUCAAAUUCCUGGCAGCCAGAUUUGUGAGCUUACAGACUGGCAACAUUAUUCUGAUCUUUUAUUUCUAUUUUUCUCUUGAACUAGAUUUUUUUUAUCCAACAAGCCAGAGUGACAUUCCUGGCAGCCUUUUCAAUGAGCUUAACUUUACUAUAGCUUCCUUACAGCUACUGGCAUGUCAUGCUACCAUUUUCUUAAGGAAGUGCUAUGUUCUCUCUGUUUUCUAUGGUACUUCCAAGUCAUCUAGGCUUUUUACUGUUGUAGGUUGAUGGUGUUCAGAUAGCUAAGAACUGUUGUAAGCUGAAUAUUUAUGGCAUUUUAAAAUCUCCAGGAAGUCUUAGUUUUCAACAUUGUUUGUUUCCUAGAUAGUUAUUAAGUGUAGCCAAACUGAAAGGUCAACACCCAGACCUGCCCAGCACCACCUUGGGAAAUUGACAAGUGUUGGUCCUUGUGACUUGUGACUUGUGCUGGGGUGGAGGAUGUUGGUGGGGCUGGUGUAGAGUACAAGGGUUUUAGGUAACAAGUGUAAUAGGUUAAGCUUCCCUGUAACUACAUCUAGUAUGUAAGUUAGCCCUGCUGCAUGAGUUUGAAGCAUUUUGUUAGGUUGAGUUGAUGAGUGUGUGCAGAUACAAUACUAGUAAUAUCACUGGUGCCAGUUGAAAGGUUAGUGAAUUCAAACAAAUUUAUGACAAUAUCCUAAGAAUGUAAGAAUAUAAAUCACACUUGAAUUAGUACUUAUUAUUACAAUAUGAUUGGUAUGAAUUAAGAGACUGAGAGGAAAAAUUGGAUGCAGAGUGACUGAGAUGUUACAGUGGUGUUUUCUAGACAGGUUGGAGAGUUGGGAGUGUAGUAGCUGAUGAAUUCCUGCCACUGCACUCGUUACCUGUGUACUCUCUGUGGAAGGUGAAAGCUAAGUAAGACAGACAAAGCAGAUGAAGUGACUUCUAAAAUUAACAAUAUGAAACCUGGUGCAGGAUCACAUGUGGCACCAUUAAGGUUGUCAUGCAUGGCUUAUACCGAGAGUGGAAGGACCAGAACACAAUACUGAAGGGAAGGAGGACCUAUCAAGUGACAAAGCAGAAGAGGUCACAAGAAGAAGAAGAGCUGAUCUGUUCUAUCCUUAGUGUGUAGGGCUACCAACUUUUGCCAUUGUAAUAACCAAACAUGUUGAGUAACAUUGUUUACUGUGUCAAGAAUGUAGCUCUUGUAUUUGUAAAGAGUUACUAGACAUCUUUUGGGAGCUCCUACACCUCUUUAUCUUGUGCUUCCUCUCAUAACCACUGUACACUGUGAACUCCUGUCAUUACCAAACUGCCACAGAAGAGACACAAGGUUGCUGAUAAAGACUUCCACUAAAACAGGAUGAAAUAGGGACGUGAUAGAUGGAAGUGUGAUUUAAUAUUGACACUCUUGUCUGGUAUAUUUUGUGGAAUGCUACGUUGUGUAUGGAUGACUGUGUUUUCUGCUUGUUGCGUGUUCCGUGCAGCAGAGUGGUGUGUUGGUUUGGUUAGUAAAGUUUUGUAAUGUUUUAAGUCAAGUUUAUAUUCUUUAACGGCUAUUUUGAAAUUUUUUUUUAAUAUAUUGUUUAGUCAUGUACUGUAAGGGCUUCUGCAUUUAUACUCUAAGGUUUGAUUGAUUAGUUGAAUUUACGUCAGUUUGUGGACUGGAUGAAUGCACACGAAGACUGUGAGAGGAGGACUUACUGUUGCCUCUCCUGUGUAAGAUUGUACGACAUAUGUGACAGUUCCUUAACUAACAUAACAUAGCAUUAGAUUGUACUUUACUGACUAAUCAAAUUUCAUCUUAUUUCACUGCCAGUUUUACAACUUCCAACAUACAUUCUUCUUUGACCAAAAUGAAAUAGUACAAGUUCUCUGUAAAAGUUUUUUGUGUGUGAUAAAAUUUGCAAGUUUGUGAGUAAAUUAACAUGAAAUUGAUGUAAAAGUUAGGACUACAUUCUCAGAUAUUUUGGCAUCUCAUCUGAUUACUUGCCUCAUGCUGUAGUGGAAGUCAGCGAGGUUUUCAAGGGUAUUUUUCUGGCUAUGUUGAUAGUUUAACAAGAAUCCUGCAUCAUCAAGGGGACUAACACCCAUGAGUACUUGACUGAUAAUCGCAAUAACCUUUGAAAAUAGACCGUGUGGGAUUCAUCGAGGUUUUCAAGGAUGUCUUCAAAAUUAAAGCAUUGAUUAAAAAGGAAUCUAAGCUAUCAAUGGGAACAAUUACCUUGAGAACCUGAUCAGUCAUUGCUGUGGCUGUGGAAAGUAAUAUUGUUAGAGAACCAAACAUUUCUGAGUUACUUGUCAUGCUGUGCGCUGUGUGGCAGGUGUAGUUGCCAGGACUGCAGUGCCAAGUGUAGUAUGUUCCUGUUUAGGGCUUAUUGGAGUGUCAGUAUUUCAGGCCUGGGACAUUUUAGUGUAUGGUAGAUUGGAGAUGAGACACCAGAGUACAUGUAAACAGUUGACGACCAUACAUGCAGGAGUGAAGGUGAAGCAGCGCCUCCCGGUGAUAUAUGUGAUGGUAGAAAGAAAAUAACCGUUAUCAAAAGCUAAAUUGUUUAUAAAUGGUAGUGUUAGUUUAAAUCUGAAGUGUUGUAGCAGUGAAAAGAAAGGUGUUUGUGCUCUAGGGUGUGGCCGUGAGUGGUGGACCAAAGCAAGUGUAGUGAUAAUAAUUAAGGCCAAGGAGGAGUUACUGUUGAGGGAGGAUAGGAAACAAUUAGAGGUGCUGUAGUUGUAUGAGAACUCUUUAGUUACAUUCACUGGUCUUGAGCAAAUCCUGAGUUGUUAUGUGAGGUGCAUGGAAUAGAAAGAGUGAACUUGCCACAAAAAAGACUUAAAUUGACUGGGAACUGGCAUCUAAGUGGGCCUUUUUGUUUUAUCUUAUUUAUUGCUCUUGGCCAGAUUUCUCCUCUUGCAUGAAAAAAAGAUGCAAUAAGAAGAUGAGUAACUUGUGCUUAGUGUCAUCUCAUCUCUGGGUCUGCAAAGGCUCCACCAGUUUUCAGGUUUUGUAGAGAGACGACCUGAGAUUGAAUGACGAUACAAAACACUGGUGGUGAAUGCUGAAUGUCACUUAAUUUAUCUUGUGUGUAACCAUUAGUCCACUGCUCCUCUCUCACUCAUGGUUCACUUGUAUCAUGGGAAGGAGCAGGUGAAGGAGGCACAUCUUAUCUUCCUCAGUCACUGCAAAUGUCUGGCUAUGGAUGGCUUGCUUUCCCUUCAAAGUUGAUGGCUAGUUCACCACUUUUUAAGCCACUGUCUCAUAUUUAGUCCCCUAUUUAGAAUGUCAGUAACUUGGCCUCAUUUGCAGCCUGUAGGUGUCAAUAACUUGGCUUUAUUUCUCCAGUGCACAGUGUAGCCAAGCAUUCAGUAGUUGCAUGUGGUCCAUUAACACAUUAAGUAAUUAACACAACGACACUGGCCACGAGGCUCAGCGCGGCACCAAAGCCUGUAUACUGAAACACUUUGCUCUCACCAGCACUACAUUCCAAAGGCUCUAGUUGAAGAUACUCAUGUUUUUUUAAGGGUAUUAUUAUGUCUGGUGAUGGAUUGCCAAGAUUUCUAGUUUAUUAAAAGCAGAAAGUGUCUUGGAAAUCCAGCCAGUUGUCUCUGUGGCCUUGGAAAAUUGUCGUGGUGAGAGAGCAAAGCGUUUCAGAUUACAGGCUCAAGUGUGGUGGGGUGACCUGCCGCUGGUGGUAUUCGGUCAGUGCUGGCUUUGCUUCAGCUGCUGCAACCAUGUUUUAAUUUGCUCAUAAGCUGUGUAUUUUUUACUCUUAAUUUUACUCUUGUAUUUUUAUUAAUACAGUCUGUUUUAUUGAUGAGA